GCAGGGGGGCAGGUCGUGCGCCAGUAGCUCCUCCCUUCCCGGUGAUUCACCUCUCCGGCUCCUCAUAAGCGGUCAUACCUGAGUCGUGUGGCGCAGAGGGGGUUGCCAGGUGAGAGCAGGUCCUCCGCUGCGAUGUAACAUCUGCGGAAGACCUUGAUAAAGAUCGUCCACAGUCCUGCGAGGCGGUGUAAACAAGACGCGCAGCUGAGCCCCGUGUUUACAGUACUUUUUUGAGGACAUGCUGUUGGUUUCUCUUGGCUGUGUCGAUGUAUAACGCCAGGAUGAGGACGCACCUCGGUUUGGUUAUCCUCUGUGUGCUGUCAGCAGCCAGAGUUUGCAGCAGUACAUCUGCACCAGAGAGUCCCAGAAAAUUUGACUGCAGGUCCCGAGAGAAGGAGACAUUUUCCUGCUGGUGGGAGCCAGGCUCUGACGGAGGGCUGCCGACUGAAUAUCGCCUCUUCUACACGCAAGAACGCUUGAGAGAAGUCCGUGAGUGUCCGGACUACGUCUCUGCUGGAGCAAACUCAUGUUUCUUUGAUAAGAAGCACACUUCCAUCUGGGCUGAGUACACCAUGACGGUGGUGGCUACAAAUGCCUUGGGGAAUGCCUCAGAAGAGUUCCGGAUAACGGAUGUGAUGGAAUAUGUGAAGCCCGACCCUCCUGUAAAUGUCACAGUGGUGGUGAACAGCAGCGCUCCCAGUCCAUUUCUUGAAAUAAGAUGGAAAAGUCCUCCAGACGUGGACGUCAGAACCGGAUGGGUCACCCUAAAAUAUGAGCUGAGGGUUAAACAAAACGACAGUAAGGAGUGGAAGACUGUAGAUAUAGGUUCAGAAACCUUUUUCAACUUUUACAACGUCUACCCUGGGCUCCUCUAUAUGGCUCAGGUUCGCUGCAAGCUAGACCACGGAAAAUGGAGUGAGUGGAGCAACACAAUAUUUGCUGAAAUUCCUAAAAAUCAUCAGGUUGAGAAAUACUUUUGGAUUUUUGUUUUUGUUUUCUCCUUGAUUCCUUUGUUGAUGGGUAUAUACAUCCUACUGCUGAAGAGGAAUGUUGUGAAGCAGUGUCUCCUCCCUCCUGUUCCUGGUCCGAAGAUAAAAGGACUCAAUGCUCAUCUUCUCAAGAGUGGUCGAUCAGAAGACGUGGUAAAUGCUCUGAUGGGGAACCAGAACUUUCCUCCUGUGGCGGCCUGGACGGAGCAGGUGGAGGACUUCCUGCUGGUGUCAGACAGCGACGAAUGGCUGCUGACUGAUUCCUUUGCAUCCGAAAAAAAGAAAGAUAUCUUCAUCAUUCCUGCCGGUUUACACUUAGGAUUAGAAAUCCAAUGCAGGGACUUGUCCGUGGAUCUGAACACCUGGGAAAAAACCGAUGACAGCAAAGAGGAAGCAAAGAGCAACUUUUUAAACACGGAGCCAAUAAAUCUGCCAGUUGAGAAACAUGAAUUUCUGAAUGGAGAGGAAAUGUCCAUCCAGCCCCUCGCAAACACCAGCUAUGUGGACAUCCAGCAGCAUCCGACGCUGACUGACUACAGCAGGGUGAAAGAGGUGAAUGACAACACCAUCCUCAUCCUCAAUGAAGAAGAAAUUCCUCACGGUUUGGACGCUGAGGAGGUGAAAAGCGAAGUGAGCGUGCCAGAUGACUACAGCAGGGUCAAAGAGGUGAACAGCGACGUGGUUUUCUUGGAGAAAGGCGACUCCACUGACGGAUGUUGUAAGAAAAAAGAAGACCACUACACCGACUGGACCAAUCAGAAGCCGAUAAUGCCUCUCGAAAGCGAGCUCAGCAAAGGGUUUUGCUUGAAAAUGAUCGCAAGCGGAUACGUAGAUUCUGGUCCCGCCUUUUCCGUUAAGUAAACUUUUGAUCGUAAUGAGGUGCAGGACACUGAUGAUGCGAUUAUUUCUGCUAUCAGCGACAAAUGAGACGUUAUUGAAUUGGCUGGGAUGCAGCAGCUUCUAUCCAGAGAGGAAUUUAUUUAUCUAUUGUAAUCUGAUAGGAAAAAAUAAUUGUUUUGACCAACGUCCGGCAUUUUAAGUUUCAGCAGCUCAGCGCUGUUGAAAGGAUUUAAAGACUGAGAAGUUUUGUGGAUCUGGUAGAGUGACACUGGGAUAUUAUCACUGAGUAACCAAAAGAGGAGCGUUGGGUCAAAAUGACCCACCUGACAACUAAAAAUCCUCUGCUGGUCCUGAAAGUAGCUUUUUGGAACUUAAUGUUUAAUACAGCAGCAACUAAAAGGUUCAAAUCAAAGUGGAGAGACUGAAAAAGAGGUUUAAAUGGACUCCUUACCUCUCUUCAAACACUUACAGAAAUGUCAGACUGCAAGAACACCUGUCAAUCUAAAAGUUUGAUUCAUAUUUGCUUUAAAUAAGAAGAUAAAUCUUUAGCACCUCAGCAUAAAGGAGUUGCAAUUGGUGAACUUAUUAAAUGUUUUCCAUUGUU